AUGCCGGAUGGGGCCUCGCCAGCACCGACGGUCGAACUCCGUCUCCUGAGCACAGCCGCCGCGCCUUCGCCCGAGGCUGAACACCAUGGCUUCCUGGAGGUGCCCUCUGCACGCCGAGGGCACCGAAGAUCGAGCCUGGCUCGCUUGACGGAGCUGGAGCACCAGCUGCACAGAGACAAAGGCCACCUCGCAGAAAAGAAGUUGGCAAAAGCCCUGGCCCUGGUACUGUAUACCUUGGCCCGCAUCUCUGCAAACCUUGUCAGUAUUGACUACGAGAAUCACAUAAGGAUUGUGAAUGCCCUUGCAAGGCCUCUGGUUACGGGACUAGGUGUGGGGAUGUUCCUGAUUCGAGAAGAGCGGUUUUCGACGAAGUCGCGUCUGCUGAUCUGGAGCCGCCGGACGGUGUUUGUACUCGCGAUCUUCGUCUUUGAUGAGAGCAUGUCAACACUGCGAGCUGCCUUGCCCAUCUUGUCUGUUCUACCUUGGGAGAUCACUUGCAAUGUCAUGCAGGUUCACAUGACCAACCUAAGAUUGCAAGCUUUGGGAUGGCGAUUGACGGCCAAGUUCUGCCAUAUUAUGGCAGCGAUCGGCUGCAGCUUCUUGUUGGGGGGUCUGGUAAUCCUAACUUCUCGGAUCUCCAUCAGCGAAUUUGGCAAGGAAGGCAAUUUAACUGUGGAGCGUGUUGGUGCUCCAGCAUCCUUCCUGCUUUUUUUCAGCUUCUUCUGCUGCUGGACGACACUCUUCACCCAGUGUGGGGCUUUGUGCCAGGCGGGGAGCAAAGCUAUGGUUGCAGGGCGUGCUGACCUUGAUCUGGACCUCAAGCUAACGGCCUGCUUUUUGUACUUGAAUGCUCUUCUGGUGCUGCUUGGCCCUGCUCUGGGCUUCUGGAGUUGGGCGCAGUUCGUCAGGCGCAUUGAGAUGACAUGGCUUACCAUUGACAUCUGCGUGCAGAUCUUCACUGCCCUUGCCUUGAGCGGGAUGAUGGGGCCUCGGAACCCCAUGGACGCAUUCCGAAAACUCGCGGACCUGUCGGGCUACGGCUUUGCAUCCAAGCGCAUCACCUUCCCUGGGCACAUCAACGAAAGGGCUGCAAAGUGUAUCGUCUCCUUUCCGGGGGUCUAUAACAAGCUCUGGGACAAGGCCGUCAAAGCUGUCAGGGAUGACUUCGUGACUGAAGAGGACCUGUGCUCUUUGGCAUGUGUGUUCUUGACAGACUCGGCCUCUGGUUUAGGGCAGCACUCCAUGAAUCCGGACACGCCGGGCAAGUGCUGGUGUCAUGCUAUCUACGGUCAAAUUCGGGCAUCGGCAUACCUCCGCGUGGUGGAAGUGGAUCCGUGCGAGGCCGACAGCAUUGAAAGUCGGGAGAAGCUGCGUCACGAGGUGGCGGAUGCCGACGCCAUGAAUCAGGUUCUACUGAUCAAGAGCGAGCAGAACGACCUAGAGUGGCAGAAGCAAUACGCGCGAGCCUUGCGUACAGCUCGGGAUCUUGGCCAGGAGAACGGUGGGCGAGCACCCUGGGGCUGCCAAUGGUUCGAAGUCUGGAAGAAGAACGUGGACCGAGCCGUGGAACUGAAGCAAGAGCUCCACGUCUUCUACUUCCAAGGGAGGAAGGGUCAAGGGAAGCUAAGCUGGGAGGAUCUCUCUAGCGAUGCCGCGAAGAACAGGGUGAGGCCGGAGUCGGGUCUGGGCGCCUCUCAGACGGCGGAAGUGGCCUACCUCCUGAAGAUGGGGAUCCCCUUUAAAGAGCACGAUGUCCAGGACUUCCUGAGCUUUCUGUCCUCCGAGAGCUCCUAG